AUGGCCCUUCCCGGACUUCAGAAAUUGCACAAGAAGCCCUAUCUGGCUAUCUCACCUACUCGCCCGGAAAUCAGUCAGGAAGGGUGUACGAUCCUCAUCACUGGCGGAAACAGUGGCAUUGGCUUCUCCAUCGCACGAGCCUUUGUGGCGCCAAAAGCAAAGCAUGUCAUUAUUGUGGCUAGACGUGCCGACUCAGUGAAAGCCGCAGUUUCCCGACUGGUCCCUAGGCCCGGGAAAGAUUCGCCAACUGUCGUGGAGGGACGCGAGCUGAAGAACAAUGCUGUUCACAUCGACACUUUGGUCCUAAACGCAGCAUCGUUGGGCAAACAAAAAUUUCUACUCGAGGCCGGUUGUGACGGAGCCUGGCAGGACUUUGUCACUAACGUGCGCUCGAACAUCGACUGGGCUGAGAGAGUCUACAAGCGGGAAGGACGAGAAUCAGGAAGACGUAAAUCUCUUGUUAGCGACAGCACCUGCGUUACCCAUAUGCGGCAUUAUGCCACUGAUCGUCCGACAUAUGGCAUGACCAAACUAGCAGGCACGGACUAUUUUCAGCAGUUGGCGUUAGAAGUCAACCCCGAGGAUAUGCAGAUCACUAUCUUCCACCCCGGCAUCAUCCUCACCGAAGCUGCCGCGAGAGGGGGUGUGGACAACUCUUCGUAUGACUGGGAUGAUGCUAAGCCAAUUGGACCUAGAUCUGGAAAAUACCCAGUGAAAACUGAGUCUCUCCAAUUCUGGCGUGAUAAUCAAUCCCGUUUUCCUGCAAUUACAUUACUUGCCCGGGAUGCUCCCUCAAUUCCUGCAACCGGUGCUGGUGUUGAGCGACUUUUUAAUACCGCUCGUAAUAGUAAUGAGAAUCUAGAGGAUAUUAGGAUUGAUUUAAUUAGCGAUGACGAGGAGGAAGAGGAGGAGGAGGAGGAUACUGAGAUAGUUACUUCCAAAAGUUCCAAUAAGUUAGUAGGUCUUGGUGCUGAGAGUAAUACUGAGGAGCCUCAGCUGCCGGAGAAUAGGACUCAGCUACGGACGUCUGGAAGGAAACGGAAGGAAGCCUCGGUGAAUGUGAUAAAGAAACAACCUUCAGAAUCCCGGACACAUUCUACGAGAAUGGGGAACGAGGAGUCGGAAGCCUGGUUAGGCGAAUGGAUGGGAUCCCGGGGCGUGCGCGAUCAAAUCGUCCUAGCCACAAAGUAUUCCUCCAGCUAUCGUGCAUACAACAGAUCUGAGAAUCUCGCAAACUCGGUGGGAAACAGCACAAAGAGCCUAAAAGUUUCUGUCGAGGCCAGUCUUCGGAAAUUGCGGACAGACUAUAUUGAUCUAUUGUACAUUCACUGGUGGGACUUCGCCACCUCAAUUGAAGAAGUGAUGACCCCUCUCCACCAACUCGUUAUGGCAGGGAAGGUGCUAUACCUUGGUUCCAGCGACACGCCUGCCUGGAUAGUGAGCAGAGCUAACCAGUAUGCUUGGGAUCACGGAAUUCGUCCUUUUUCCGUUUAUCAAGGCCAGUGGAGCGCCGCGAAGCGUGAAUUUGAGCGCGACAUCAUCCCCAUGUGCCACGCUGAAGGAAUGGGCCUGUGUCCCUGGGGAGCACUCGGUAGCGCCAGCUUCAAAACCGUUGCCCAGCGAGAGGAAAUCAGGGCAUCACUAGCGGGCAAUUCGGGGCGACAAGCCAACCCCCGCGCUGUCGAUGUUCAGGUUUCAAAAGUACUAGAGGCAGUUGCAGCGCGGUACAAGACCGAGAUAACUAGUGUAGCACUAGCGUAUGUCAUGCACAAGGCGCCCCAUGUUCAUCCGAUCAUUGGCGGCCGGAAGAUUGAGCAUCUUCUCCGCAAUAUCGAGGCUUUGGGGUUGGCGCUUUCACAGGAGGACUUAACGGAGAUUAAGCAGACGUAUGGUUUCAACCUAGGAUUCCCCAUGACAUACUUAUUCCAGGGAGACGAUCGAGCCGCUCAUCCCAGUAAUUCGACCUUUUUGAAUGUUGCGGCGACAUUUGAUUAUCCUGGCCUGCCGCGCCCUAUUGUACCCAAGCAACAGGACGCUUGA